GUCAAUGUGUAAUAGAGAAAGUGCCAAAGUAUUAAGAGAGUAAUAAGCACUGCACUGAAAAACAGUAACUGCUGAAGGAGAAGAAGAAGAAGAAGGAGAAGGUAAUAGCAUGUGAAAGUGAUGCACCAAAACCUAGCGUAACGUGUAACUCACAAAAACCAGUUCUAGCUCUCAAUUCCGUCACGCCUCGUUCCAAAUUCAAUUCCAAUUCACAAAUGGGACUAUAAUCCUGAAUGCUCAAACGGUGUGUUUCAAAUUCAAUCUAAGGAUAGAAUUUUGAUCAGAUGGGUGGUGGAGAAAAUGUGUCAGCAAUGCCAAAGGAAAAACUCCGUAAUGAAAGCUCCUCAAGUGUUGAAACUGGGGAUUUAGAAUCUCACUCUCGCCUUAGCCUCGAGAAGGAAGUAGCCUUGGAAAGUUGCCGGGUAUGCCAGUGUGCUGAAUCUGAUAAAAGAGGGGAUGCUGCCCUAGAAUUUCUGGGCAUCAUUCCAGUUUUAGAGAGCAAAGGGGAAGAAGUAGGGUCUGAUGGCGUGGGGAUUGCGAAAGAUAACCGAAAUGUUGAGAACGAAUCUCGGGUGGUGGAAUUUGUUAGCCCGGAUGGCGAGGUUUUCGUUUGUAAGAGUGAUUUGGAACUGGGGUUGUCUCAUCAAGAUACGUUAGUUGAGCUCGGUUGUUGUUGUAAAAAUGAUCUUGCGUUAGUACAUUAUGCGUGCGCGCUUAAGUGGUUUAUUAACCAUGGAUCUACAAUUUGUGAAAUAUGUGGACAUAUAGCGAGUAAUAUCAGAAUAUCUGACUUCAAUAAGGUUGUUAGUUCUUUGAAGGAGUACGAGGCGUUGAGGGAAAGAACUGCUAGUGGAGGUCCUGGUCCUGCACAGGCUCAUGGAAAUACUGGUGUGGAUCCUGAUGCUGUGGCUGCUAUCCGGAGGCAACGACUAAGUGAAAUUGCACUGUGGUUUUGUCCUCACAAUAGCAGCAAUGUUAACAACUUUAGCAAUGUGGAUACAGUUUCACAGGUUGUUUCGGAGCAUCCUUUGAAUAUUGUCAUCGAAGAUGCUGGCCCUGCACAGAAUCCUGCUACUAAGUGGGCUGUAGAAGGCACCGGGAUCCUGCUUGCUACGGGGCUGCUCACUAUCACCCUUGCAUGGCUUAUAGCUCCUCGUGUUGGAAAGAAAACUGCAAGAGGUGGUCUUCAUAUCCUACUUGGAGGUGUUUGUGCUUUAACAGUGGUGGUUUUCUUCCGCUUUUUUGUGCUCACCAGAAUCAAGUAUGGACCUGCACGAUAUUGGGCAAUCUUGUUCAUUUUCUGGUUUCUUGUCUUUGGAAUAUGGGCUUCUCGGACGCACAGUGCCCAUACAACGUGACCCCUUACUACAGCGCUUUAGCAUUUUCUCUCAGCCCUCCCCUUUGUCACUCUUGUUUCAUUUCCUUGUCAAUCCAUUUGACUUUUGAGAUUGUAGAUAUUCACUUUGAUACAACUUGAGGGUCUAUUCAUUUUUGUGAAAUGUAAAUUAACAGUUAUGCUGUUACACUCAAAUGAGUUAACAUAUGUAUUCUCUGUGUGCUUGGUUAGUUAAGAAACUGCAAACCAUUUUCUCUAUUCAUA